CUCAAACCGCACGCUGCUGCUAUCACUAGUGUGCGUCCCGUCAGAGUGCGGCAUAAGCAGGAGUUAAAGGCACAGUGGAAAAUGGCGAGCUGGUGUGUGCGAGCAGUCAGACAGAGCUACUCACUUGUAGCCUCACCUGUACUAAUAAGAGCGCCUCCACGAUUAUUAUGCACAGCCACCCAGCAGAAGAAUGGCCAUGGGUCAGAGGAGGAGGCUGAGAAGCCGGAGCAGAGUGCAGCAGACACACUCAUGAAGGAGAAGUCCCAGCUAGAGGAACAGCUCAAGGACAUGACAGAAAAGUACAAGCGGGCCUUAGCAGACACGGAGAACCUCAGGACAAGGAGUCAGAAGAUGAUAGAAGAUGCUAAAUUAUAUGGGAUCCAGGGUUUUUGUAAGGACCUGCUGGAGGUGGCCGACAUCUUGGAAAAGGCCACCGAGAGUGUGCCAAAGGAGGAGGUUACAAGCCAGAACCCACACCUGAAGAACCUGUUCGACGGCCUAGUGAUGACCAAGCUCCAGACUCAGAAGGUCUUCACCAAGCAUGGUCUGGUCAAGCUCAAUCCUGAUGGCCAGAAGUUUGACCCCUACGAGCAUGAGGCCCUCUUCCACGCCCCUGUGGAGGGCAAGGAGCCUGGCACUGUAGCCGUGGUAACUAAAGUUGGCUACAAGCUUCAUGGUCGCACUCUCAGGCCCGCAUUGGUGGGUGUGGCCAAAGCCCCCUAGAAGUGAUUAUGUAACCGACAAAGUGGGAUUUGAAUUGUUGCCCGAGUAAUGCACAGCAAACUGGUCGAGGGUCGAAGAGACGGGAACCCAACUGAACUGAACUUUGUAUCUGGACAAUAUCCACCAGUUUUUAACAGAUACAUUUACUUUGUCUGGCAAAGGACAGUCUUUCCUGUAGAAUUCCAGCUUGUUAUAAGAGUCAUUUCAGAGUCGGUAUUUGUCAGAGAGAGAGAGAGAGAGAU